CGUUUCUCGGGCCUAAGCUUAUUUUUUUGUUCUGCUUUAAUCCAUUCCGAGGAGGCGAGACAGGCGCUAGGGUAGUUUCGCUGCAGUACAACUGGUGAAAAAUCGGGGGAAUCACUCUUAGGCUGAAGUUUGGCGAUGGCGACGACACCUAAUUUAGAGUGCCGGAUGUACGAAGCUCGUUAUCCAGAAGUGGACAUGGCGGUGAUGAUUCAGGUGAAGAACAUUGCAGAUAUGGGGGCUUAUGUAUCGCUGCUGGAGUAUAACAACAUAGAGGGCAUGAUAUUGUUCUCGGAGCUGUCGCGGCGGCGCAUUCGGAGCGUGAGCAGCCUCAUAAAGGUUGGAAGGCAGGAGCCUGUCAUGGUGCUCCGUGUUGACAAGGAGAAGGGUUACAUCGAUCUUAGCAAGCGCCGUGUCUCGGAGGAAGAUAUUCAGGGCUGCGAAGAGAGGUACAAUAAGAGCAAGCUCGUGCAUUCCAUUAUGCGUCAUGUUGCAGAGACCUUGUCCCUCGACCUCGAGGAUUUAUACAUCCAUGUUGGUUGGCCCUUGUACAGAAAAUAUGGACAUGCAUUUGAGGCAUUUAAGGUGGUAGUGACAGAUCCAGAUUCAGUUUUGAAUUCCCUUACUAGGGAAAUCAAAGAGAUAGGACCUGAUGGACAAGAGGUCACAAAAGUGGUACCUGCUAUGACCGAUGAAGUAAAAGAAGCUCUGAUAAAAAAUAUUAGAAGGCGAAUGACACCACAGCCAUUAAAAAUUCGAGCAGACAUUGAGAUGAAGUGUUUCCAGUUUGAUGGCGUACUUCAUAUCAAGGAUGCAAUGCGACAAGCUGAAGCUGCUGGUAAUGAUGAUUGCCCUGUAAAGAUCAAAUUGGUUGCCCCUCCUCUAUAUGUUCUUACAACUCAAACUCUAGACAAGGAGCAAGGCAUAUCUGUACUCGAUGCAGCUAUUAAAGCUUGCACUAAAGAAAUUGAGAAGCACAAGGGAAAAUUAUCAGUCAAAGAAGCUCCUCGGGCGGUAAGUGAACGGGACGACAAACUUCUUGCAGAGGCUAUGGCCAAACUUAAUUCUGAGAACCAGGAAGUGGAUGGAGAUAAUGAGAGUGAAGAGGAGGAAGAUACUGGAAUGGGCGAGGUUGAUGUUGAGAAUCCUACUGGAAUAACUGAUUAGUACACUGGCAUUUCUAUGCUUAUAUUGCUCUAUCAAGAGUGUGUAAGCAUGGCUUUGAUUUGACCAUGUUGUGUAGUGCUCAACCAUUUCAUCUCCUGUCUUAUGGGUUUUAUUUUUGUAGUUUGGUUGGUAUAACUAUCUGAAAAAAUGAGCAAGGCCGGGGUCCCAUUAGGGGGCUUAAGCUUCUAUUUUUUAGGAAGAGGUGGUCCCAUGAAGAAUUUUUUUUGUGCUGUGGGAUUAUUUGGAAUCUUUUUCUAAAAAAUAGGAGCCCCUACUUUUUAGGCCUGUAAAUUUGAGCGGUUGAAAAUGGGGUGGGGCUAGAAAUUGCCCUACCAGCACUUAUCAAUGAUUUUUUUAAUUAGUUUUUAUUAUGCACAUAGCAUAGAAGACAAAGGUAUUAUAUUCA